AUGGAUCAAAUGCGAGACCGGAUCCCCGAGAAAUUCACCGGUUCAGCUAUCAAGUACGAUACGUGGGACGCCGCUAUCCGUGCAAAACUCGUUAUCGACGGACCAGCCAUCGGAGACGAAACAGCCCAGUUUUACUACGUCUACCUCAACCUCUCCGCCUCAAUCCAGGCCAUGGUUCUUCCACAACUCGCGACCGCACGUAAAAACAAGACUCACGAUUUCAACACUAUCCUCGACCAACUCCGCCGCGUGUACGAUAAUCCAAACAAGAUUCAAGAAGCAGGGGAUCGUCUUCUUUCCGUUAAGCGGGUCGCCGAUGAAUCCCUCGCCGCUUACAUCGCUAAAUUCGACCGACUCCUCUACGAAGCUCAGGGUCAGGAAUGGCCGGAUGUGACAAAGAUCUCAGCUUUCCGGAAAGGUCUUCAAUCUUCAAUCCGCAACCGCCUCUCCCAACAGCUUAAUCUUCCGCGUACCUACGCCGAGUUUCUCAGGGUUGUCCAACAGCUCGCCGGUUACUCCUUCUCACACACCACUUCUUCGACCACGCCAGCCAACACCAACAACAGUGAUCGAAUGGAUAUCCAUCGGCAAUGUCCAGAUCGGAGGUGUUAA